AUGGAGAGUGCAAUCACACUGUGGCAGUUCCUUUUGCAGUUGCUGCUAGACCAGAAACAUGAGCACCUGAUUUGCUGGACGUCUAAUGAUGGCGAAUUCAAGCUACUCAAGGCAGAAGAAGUGGCUAAGCUGUGGGGACUCAGAAAAAACAAAACUAAUAUGAAUUAUGACAAGCUGAGCCGAGCGCUCAGAUACUAUUAUGACAAGAACAUCAUUAAGAAAGUGAUUGGACAAAAAUUUGUGUACAAGUUUGUCUCCUUUCCUGAGAUUUUAAAAAUGGAUCCACAUGCUGUGGAAAUCAGCAGAGAGAGACUUUUGCUGCAGGACAGCGACUGUAAGAUGCCUUCCGAGAGCAGGGAUCAGCACAAGCACAGCUUGUCAGCACUGAAAAGCAGAAGCUGAAAUGAAUAUAUCCACUCUGGCCUGUACUCCUCUUUCACUAUCAACUCUCUGCAGAACCAGCCAGACCCUUACAAGCCAAUCAAAACAGAAAAACUGGAGGAGAAAUCAGAAGGAAACACACCAGUCGAAGAAGUUCGGACUGUUAUAAGAUUUGUGACAAACAAAACAGACAAACAAGUUAUGAGGCCCAUGGUGUCGUUGCCUUCCACUUCCGAAACAGCAGCUGCCUCUGCUUUUCUCAGCUCAUCAGUAUCAGCUAAAAUAUCUUCCUUAAUGCUACCCAACAGUGCCAGCAUUUCAUCUCCAUCGUCAUCUUCCUCCAGGUCGCCGUCUCUGUCUCCCACCUCACCCCUCCCUGCAGAACACAGGAGCCUCUUCCUUGAGUCCAGUUGCCACGACUCAGAUUCCCUUGAGCCUCUGAACCUCUCCUCAGGCUCCAAGGCAAAAUCUCCAUCUCUUCCCCCAAAGGCUAAAAAACCCAAAGGCUUGGAAAUCUCCGCCCCACCUAUGGUUCUCUCCAGCACUGACAUCGGUUCCAUCGCCCUCAACAGCCCCGCACUUCCGUCGGGGUCCCUGACUCCAGCUUUCUUCACUGCGCAGACCCCAAAUGGAUUAUUGCUGACCCCGAGCCCGCUGCUGUCUAGCAUUCAUUUCUGGAGCAGUCUCAGUCCUGUCGCUCCUCUGAGUCCUGCCAGGCUGCAGGGACCAAACACUCUGUUCCAGUUUCCGACUCUGCUAAAUGGUCACAUACCAGUGCCGCUGCCCAGUCUGGACGGAGCCUCUUCUCCCGUACUGCUUUCUCCGAACGCUCAGAAAUCCUGAUGACGCCUCAUCACGCCAAGGACUUAUUGGCGGAUUUAACACUUCAUUCCUAUGGGCUAGUUUUUCCUGUGUCAUGAGAAGGACGUUGUGAAACCCUCUGUUACUUUGGUUUGCACUUUUCAUUACAUGGAUAAUCUACUUUUAUUAUGUUAGCAUUUUUAAACAGUGUUUAUAUAUAAAAGUAUAUAUAAAUCUGUUUUGCAUUAAAUGAAUUAUAAUUUUUUUAUAUCAUAGCUCUCAAGUGUUGAACACUUCUGUUGUUGAUGAAGUACUUUUGGUAAUGGAUCGCAACAAUGUAUCUAAUAAGGAUGUGAAGCUUCUUUUUAAUCCCUUUUUCCGCAUAUUAUGCGUUGUGCUUGUGUAAACUGUAACCGGCUGUGCCUUCUUUUGCAUAAUGUCAUGUAAAUGAUUUAUAUAUUUUCUAGUAUUAAGAUGAAAAGUUGAAAGACAAAACUAGUAUUGAACAGCCCUAGGGUAGUAUUUCAGUAUUUUCUCCACGGAUAGGCCAUAUGAUGCAGUGUAUUCAUGUAACUUUGUAUUAAGUGCUUUCAAAUUGUAUAAAAAUAGCCUUACAAUUUUUCUUUGCUGAAGUGAAAAACGUACUCAACCUUACAGUCAGGAGACGCAUUUAGGAGUAACAAAGCCACAUUUACACAUUUAUGCCCCAGGUUCUUCUGUGGAGGUGCAACAGGGAGGAAC